AUGCUGAGGACUUUAAUGCAUAAAAUUUCUCAGAAAAAGUCAUCUGACAUUAAUGACAUUGCUCAGAGUCAUCUUGCAAGAAUACUGAAUCUCUUUGAUCUCGUUGGCAUUGGUGUUGGCACAGGACUUGGACUUGGGGUAUAUGUCAUCCCAGGAACAGUCUCAAGGUAUUAUGCUGGUCCUGGAGUACUAACCUCUUUCAGUAUAGCUGCAGUUGCAUCUGUAAUUGCUGGUCUGUGUUAUGCAGAACUGUCUGCUAGAUUUCCUCGUGCUGGAUGUGCUUAUAUCUACAGUUUUGUUACUAUUGGUGAGCUAGUAGCAUUUAUUGUAGGAUGGACCCUCAUAAUGGUUUAUGUAUUAGGAACUGCAAGUGUAGCUAGAAGUCUUGCUGGACAUAUUGACUUCAUAGCAAACAACAGCAUGUCAGCUACUUUGAAAGAUGAACUGCCUAUAACUGCUGAAUUCCUAUCCAGCUAUCCAGACUUUUUGGCAUUUGGAAUAACAGUACUGCUCUCAUUUGCUCUUGCAUUUUGGGUGAAGAUAUUCUCAUCCAUAAUGAACAUCACUCUUGCAAUCAAUUUUGCAGUUAUAUUAUUUAUCAUCAUAGCAGGUAGCCUGCAAGCUGAUAUAAAUAAUUGGCAAAUACAAGAAAACCAAGUACCUGAAGGUACUGAGGGAGGAAAGGGUGGUUUCAUGCCUUUUGGAAUUUUGGGGAUACUCAAAGGAGCAGCAAUAUAUUUUCAAGCCUUUAUUGGAUUUGACAGUGUUGCUUCAACAGGGGAAGAAGUCAUAAAUCCACAACGUAACAUUCCCAUGGCUAGUAUGAUAUCUUUGAUGACUGUCUUCUGUAGUUAUUUUGGAGUGUCAGGUGUGAUAACUUUGAUGCUUCCAUACUAUUAUCAGGAUGCAGAUGUGCCAAUAUUAUAUGCAUUUCAGAAAACUGGUUGGGGUUGGGCUCAAUGGAUUGUAAGCAUUGGUGCUAUUUCCAGCCUCAGUACAAGUUUCCUUGGUGGAAUGUUUUCACUCUCACGGUUACUUUAUGCUAUGUCUUCAGAUGACCUCUUAUUUAAGUUCAUGGGAAAAGUGCACCCUAGGUUCAGAACACCAUUCAUUGGUACACUUUGUGCUGGUGUUUUAACUGGUCUUAUGGCACUCAUCUUUGAUGUGGAUGAACUUAUUGACAUGAUGUCAGUAGGAGCACUUGUGGCAUACUCUGUAGCUGCCGCUUGUGUGCUACUUUUAAGGUAUGCGAAAGAUGCUGAUAACUACACAGAAACAGAACAUGCAGAUGAUCACUUUCAUAUCAAAGACAUUGUGAAACAAAUUAUGAACACUGAAAAGCUGAAAAAGCCAACAAAAUUGUCUACAUUUAUUGUGACAUGUGAAAUUAUUCUAUACAGUAAGUCAGACUAUAUAUGUCACAUUAAUGAAUGA